UUUUCGACUCGACUGUACGUCCAACGCAUCCUUAAGAAAUAUGGAACAAACCAAUUACGGUGUAAGUGUCAAUCCUGACUUGCUGAUCCCUGUCGAGAUGCAAAUCGCAGCUGAUAAUUCUACGCGACUUUGUCAGAAAACUUCCUGGACCGGAUAUCGAGGCGAUGACUAAUCCACAGAGGAUCAACACUCUGUACUGAUGUCGGCCGGAGCCUGAAGGAAUAGGAACUGGACGUAGUUUGAACUUGGAUACGUGCAGAGAGUAUAAGGAUAAGAAUGAACUCACCGGCUUUUUCUACCGCAAGUGACAACCCGAGAAUAGAGGAAGGACCAAUAGAUUUCGAACGUGCAAUAGAACUAACAGGUUAUGGAAAGUUCAAUUAUCUUCUGCUGUUGGCCAUCAUACCAGCAGGAUGUUCAAGUGUUUUCGCAUCCUCAGCCAUGUCCUACGUCUUACCGUCGGCCGAGUGCGACCUUGGACUCACCUUGCUUGAUAAGGGUCUUCUUAAUUCUAUGGCAUUUGCAGGGAUGAUCUGCAGCGCGUUCGCUUGGGGAUUUAUGGCUGACAUGUUCGGGCGCAAGACAAUACUCGUUUAUGGCUACCUCUUCGACGCCAUUUUCAAUCUAGCAAGCAGUUUUUCCCAGGUUUCAUGGAUACUGCUAGUCUUCAAAUUUUUCAACGGCGUCAUAAUUUCCGGCCCUUACGCCGCCUUGAUGUCUUAUCUGGCCGAAGUUCACGGCGAAAAGCAUAGAUCACGGAGUUACAUGUGGCUCGGAGUAUUUUUCUCGCUAGGAAAUAUCUCAGUGCCAUGCAUCGCGUGGCUGAUCAUUCCGCUCGAUUGGGAAUGGACCUUCUUCGGUGGUUCGAUGGUUUUCAACUCCUGGAGACUCUUCCUCGCGGUCUGUGCUGUGCCUGAGUUCAUCGCUUGCCUGGCACUCUCCUUCUUUCCGGAGAGUCCUCGAUUUCUCAUGUCGAAGGGACGACACCUCGAAGCCCUUGAAGUGUUCAAGAAGAUCUACUCGGUCAACACCGGAAACCACCCUGACACGUAUGCCGUCAAAAGUCUCGUUCAAGAGACGUCGAUAGAAGCUUCCGGGAAAAGCUUGGUCCACAUGUUGCGCUGCGGUUUGCGUCAAAUGAAGCCCCUCUUCGAGCUGUCGAACCUCUCUCGGCUGAUCCUGAUCACAUCCAUUCAAUUCGGAGCCACUUUAGGCUCAAACUCGCUCAGACUGUGGAUGCCUCAGCUGUUCGCGAUGAUCGAAACCUACGAGAAGCUGCAUCCCACCUCAGCAUCCGAAGCGAAACCCACCAUGUGCUACAUGCUUGACGCAACUAAGCAUCUCGAAAAAAAUUUAACCGACGUAACGAACAAAACGACGAGUAUUGAGCCAGUUUGUACAGAGAUGGUACUGGACUCCACUGUUUACAUGAACUCGGUGAUCAUCGCUCUGACCGGUGUGAUCGGAUACACGAUGGCCGGAAGUCUCAUAAACGCGGUUGGGAAGAAGAAGCUUAUGAUCAUGUGUUUCGUGGGUGCCGGUGGGUGUUGCGGGGCUUUAUACUGGGCCCAGGAGACGGGAGUGAUUCUCAGUUUAUCGUCGGUAUUCGUCGCUCUCGCGAGUAUCGGGGGUGCAACGGUGGUGAACGUGAUAGUCGACAAUUUCCCAACAUUCCUCAGAACCAUGGCUGUCAGCGUCACGAUGAUGUUCGGACGAAUCGGAGCUGUUGUGGGAAAUAUGCUCUUCCCAAUUCUCUUGAACAUCGGUUGCCUCGGUCCGUUUAUAAUGAUCGGGACCGCGUGUCUCGCCUGUGCAGUUUGGACGAUAAUUUUACCAUCCGGUAAAAUACCUGCGGUUAGUAAAGAAGCGGAUUUGAAACAGUAAUACUUAUGGUUUGCAACAUUAUUUUGCGAUAGUAAAUAAUUAUAGCGCUGGAUUGUAAGCUAUUGAGUCUAAGUCAUGGAGUAUGGUAUGUAGGUAGGAUUUUUUCAUUGCAAAAUAUCUUUAUAUAUAUUAGCACGGUGACUGUGAUUCACGUAUCAAGUUUUACAAAUAUACCUCGUUAGUACGUUGCUAUUAAAUGUAUAGUACAACGUGUCGGAUGAUACGUGCGAGGUAGGUCGAUUCUCCGAAAUAUAUAAUAAUUGUUAAUGUACGCGUCUGAGUAUAAAAUGGUAAAUAGAAAGCGAAGAAACGAACAAUACGUUGAUAUGUUUUCGUAAUAAACAAUGAUACGUUUUUGUUCAUUCAACAUCUAAACAUUGUUUUCUGAUCUUAUCCUAUAUGUAUGUGCGUUGUUACGUUCACGGCUUUUUUUUACAGCCUUGGCUAGUAAAACCGUCACACUGUGAGUUGGUUGUCCUUUUUGUGGACAAAUUUUUAUUAUUAAAAAAAUUGAAUGGAACCGCGUUUUAAUUUGCGAAGACAAGGUUCAGGUCACGUCCAGUCAAAACAUUCUGUUGAACUGUCGCCAGAUACGGAUGAAAU